AUGGCCAGCACAAGCGACAGCGUGCACGAUGCGAGCGGUUCGCUUGCGACAGGCUCGUACGCACGCACGAUGCGCACCCGACAGGGCAUCGCGAGCACAAGCAAUCUCAGUGGCUCCUUGACCUCUCAUGUCGAGGCAGAGGCGAGCCCGUCGGCCUACGAGGGCUCCACUGCUAGCGGGAGCGGCAAGAAGGAAGGCUGGCUACCCAGCUCGAUCGAUGAGUUUGUACAUUACUGUCAGACCCAGCAGACAGGCGCACAAGUCGUCAGGAACGUCGUACCUCUCAUCAAGAGGCUCGAACGCUACUUCCAGGACCGACGCAGACCGGGCGAGACCCUGUCUAGCUGGCUCUCGAGCAUGUGUGCCAACGGUGCAGACCCGCUUGAUCUGCUCGCGCCUCCCACUAAGGAACAAGCUGGUCAAGCUACCAAGUCAGAGCCUCACAGUCUUGCGUUCAUCCUGGUCCUACAGGCCCGCUUGGAGACAGGACGCGGGCAAGCCCUCGAGCUGCCUCUCAAGCUUUCUGCGCUCGCUGCGAGAUCGUAUAGCACCGAUCAACUUGCCGCUCUGCCCGGACUCGUGACGUCCUGGUCAAAUCAGAUCGUGCGCGUUCAGGCAGACUCUGCCCGAUCUGCUCCGGUCCUUCUCGAUAUCCUCCAUCGCUGGUGCCGCCACGUUACCGGCUUCAGCACACUCACUGGAUUCCACGUGCCCUACCUCUACCAUGCUUUGCGCGCGGGUCAGUAUGCACCUGCUGCUAGCCUCUUGGAAACCGCCAUAAUGGACGUCGACAAUACGUCCGUUCUGGGCUACCGUGACAACCUGCUCUACCAUCUAUAUGGUGGCAUCAUCCUCACAGCUACCGGUCGCUAUGAACUCGCUCGUCGCCACUUCGAGAGAGCGAUAUCCGCCCCUGCGCUCACUGCCAGCGCUAUCCAGAUAGACGCCUAUCAGAAACUGUCUUUGCUCCAUCUCAUCUCUUCAGCCGUGGACGACAAGGCCCUUGAGCUACCCAAAUACACCAGUCCUGCUGUUACGCAAGCUAUUCGAAACCAGUGCAGCUGGUACUCCGAGUUUUCGGGCGCCUAUCUUCAUGGCGACGUGCCACGAUGUCAGCAGCUCGUUCACAAGGCCAGAUCCGACCUUUCCAAGGCCGGCAACUGGGGCUUGGCGCAGCAAUGCCUCUUCUUCCUCGAUACUCAUGCCAUCCGUUUGCUGUCUAAACACUACAUCUCAGUACCCCUUGCGACGAUCUCACAUAGUCUCGGCUAUCAGCUCGGCCGGGAUCUGACGAACCUUGCUACUCGAAUCCAAGCAGAGAUUGAGCGUCGAACCCUGCAUGCUAGGUUCGAUAGGGCCGGGGACGGCAACAGUAAUGUGAUGCUUAUCUUCCUCGAAGACGGUGCGGCCUAUGAUUCCAAAGAAUCUGCACGCGAGAUACAAGGUGUCGUGACGAUACAACAAGAAGUCAUCUACCGUACGGCCGGGCUCAGCAAUGCCCUCGCUUGCGAUCCAGAGACGCUCAAACGGCAGCAGGCUGCCGGCGCGAUGAGUAACAUGCAUCCCUAUGCAGACGUGCCGUCGCCAUAG